AGGUGCCACAAGACACAGGAUUGGUGGGGCCCACAGCAGCAGAGCUGGAAUCCCUCAAUGAACUGAUCAAGUUUGACCACAUUUACUACAAAGAGGAGCCUCCUGCUCCCAGUGCUAGUAGUACUUCCAACUCCUCCAGCAAUACCAUGUGUAGUGGUUCACUUGAGCCAAGUCUUGUGCUGUCCUCCACAGUUAAAAAGGUACUUCCAGUGUCUGUCAGGCCAAAGACAGUUUCUUCUGGCCAGAUGCUUGUGGCAAGCUGUGAAGAAGAUUUGGGCAUUGGGUCUAUAGUUUUGACAACUGGUUCCAGCAUGUGGGAUAACACUAACAAUAAUAUGGUGUCACUCCUGCCAAAGGCAGCAGAUGGACUUCUGGAAUCGGUACCCAAGCCCACCGGUAAGGAUAUCAGCAAACAGGAUAUGGGCUAUGACAUGGAGUAUGACCCAAGUGCCGAGUUUCUGGACUUUGAGAGCCUGCUUGGCCUGGCAGAACUAGAAACUUCCGAGAUUCAGCUUCAAGAUCCAUCUCUGCAUAACCAGCAGCAGACUCAGGAACACCCAGUGCGUUCUGAACCGCAACAGCAAGUAAUGAAUGUGGGAACAAACAUAGUUGUCAUGGGAGACAAAACCCCAACACGCAAGAGGAAGCGCAACCCAAGUAAAGGCAGCACUCCCCCAUCCCCCAAGAAGGAUGUCAGCAGUUUUGAAAUACUUAGCUUUAGAGACCUGUCCGUGUAUGAAGACAUCCCCCAAGAGAACUUGAGUGAUUCAGGCAUGAGUUCUGAUCUUAGCGAUGCCCCUUCACCUAGUAGUGACAUUUCUUCUGUAUUGGGAGAUGACACUUGGGAAGAGUCUUUUACAGAAUUGUUUCCCUCUUUAUUGUGAGGUUUAGGUGUGAAGGAGGGGAGAUAAUUAUUUACCUCCACCGCUUGCGUGUACAUAUGUAAGAAACUAUAUAGCUCAUGAUAAUGUGUUUAUACUCCAUCAUAAUUUGUUGUUGUUGGUUGAAUGGACUGCAUUAAAAUGGAUUAAGGGUCAUGC